UACGCAUUUAAUUCAAUUUUUCUGUAAAUAAGAAACGUUUGUCAGAAUGGGAGUUAAUAAAAUAUGCAUGUGGAUGUGUUUUGUGCACAUUUUAUCGGAUUUUAAAUCAAAAGCUGAUUCUAAAGGGAAUAAUAAUAUGACGAAAAUCGUACCAGAUAGUGAGGACAAAAAUUCAUUAACAGGUAGAUUUCGGACUAUAAGUAAUAUAUCAAGUGAACAACGAUUAAUGACAGAUUUGCUAUGGAAGUACGAAAACUCCGUGCGACCAAUUUACAACUCUUCCAAAGCAGUCGGGGUUGGUCUAGGGCUUACAUUAACACAGAUUCUUGACUUGGAUGAGAAAAACCAAGUGUUGACCACAAAUGUUUGGAUGGAAGUGGAAUGGAAAGAUGAAAAGUUGAUUUGGGAUCGCCGCGAUUAUGAUGGAACAGACAAUAUUCGUAUACCAUGUCGACGGCUGUGGUUGCCCGAUAUCGUGCUUUAUAACAGUGUUGACGACUAUACUUCCGGUUACAUGCCCAGUCUUGCUAUGGUGUAUGAUAAUGGACGUGUAUUCUGGGGUCCAGUGGUCAGGUUUCGAAGCUCUUGCAAGAUUGACAUUACUUUUUUCCCCUUCGACGAUCAGGUUUGCCACUUAAAGCUUGGUUCUUGGGCAUAUAACGGUUUCCAAGUAAACGUAAUUAAUCGAUCAGAGACGGUUGAUUUAUCAAACUACGUAGAUAACGGAGAGUGGAAAUUGAUUGGCUUAAAGGUAACAAGAAACUCUGUUGUCUACAACUGUUGUAGUGAGCCGUUUCCGGAUGUUAUGUUCUUCUUCCGGUUGCGCAGACGCGUGAAGUACUACUUCAUGAACAUCAUAAUACCAUGCAUAAUUUUAUCUUUUCUAUGUUUGGCUGGUUUCUUGCUACCACCAGAAAGCGGUGAAAAGAUCACACUAGGUCUAUCUGUUUUGCUGACAAUUACAGUGUUCAUGCUAAUGGUUGCUGACAAGAUGCCUCAAACUUCUGAAAGUAUUUCUCUCAUCAGUAUAUAUCUAAUGGUCGUAUUAUCAAUGUCGUGCGUAUCUAUCUUGCUUUCUGUCUACAUCCUGAGCCUGCAUCAUCAACGAGGAAGACCUCGGCGAUGUCCUCAGUUUAUCAAGACAUUGCUUUCUCCAUUUUCACGCCAUUACUCUGUCUGAAAC